AUGUCGAUCUCAGCAGUUCAAGCAAAUCGGGAACAUGUUUUGGCAGUUUCCCGAGAUUUUAUUUCUCAACCAAGAUUAACUUAUAAAACUGUUUCGGGAGUUAACGGACCACUUGUUAUUCUUGACGAUGUUAAAUUUCCUAAAUAUAAUGAAAUUGUUCAACUUCGUCUUGCUGAUGGCAGUUUUAGAUCAGGACAAGUUCUCGAAGUCAGUGGCUCGAAAGCAGUAGUUCAGGUAUUUGAAGGUACUUCUGGAAUCGAUGCCAAAAACACAUUAUGUGAAUUCACAGGUGAUAUUUUAAGAACUCCUGUAUCGGAAGAUAUGCUCGGAAGAGUAUUUAAUGGAUCUGGAAAACCUAUCGAUAAAGGUCCUCCAAUCUUAGCAGAAGAUUUUCUUGAUAUUCAAGGUCAACCGAUUAAUCCAUGGUCGAGAAUAUAUCCAGAAGAAAUGAUUCAAACUGGUAUAAGUGCUAUAGAUGUCAUGAAUUCCAUUGCCAGAGGUCAGAAAAUACCAAUUUUUUCAGCAGCUGGUUUGCCACACAAUGAAAUUGCUGCUCAAAUUUGUCGUCAAGCCGGAUUGGUCAAGCUUCCUGGAAAAAGUGUUUUAGAUGAUUCGCAGGAUAAUUUUGCCAUUGUUUUUGCUGCCAUGGGUGUAAAUAUGGAAACGGCUAGAUUUUUCAAACAAGAUUUUGAGGAAAACGGUUCGAUGGAAAACGUUUGCCUUUUCUUAAAUUUGGCAAAUGAUCCGACCAUCGAAAGAAUUAUCACACCACGUUUGGCACUUACUGCUGCUGAAUUUUUGGCUUACCAAUGUGAAAAACACGUUUUGGUCAUUCUCACCGACAUGAGUUCGUAUGCGGAAGCUUUGAGAGAAGUAUCCGCGGCUAGGGAAGAAGUUCCCGGACGUCGUGGUUUCCCCGGUUACAUGUACACGGAUUUGGCAACCAUAUACGAGAGAGCCGGAAGAGUGGAAGGUCGUAACGGUUCGAUAACUCAAAUACCCAUUCUUACCAUGCCGAACGAUGAUAUAACUCAUCCUAUCCCCGAUUUAACCGGGUAUAUUACGGAGGGACAAAUUUACGUCGAUCGUCAACUUCACAACAGACAGAUUUAUCCACCCGUCAACGUACUACCAUCAUUAUCUCGUUUGAUGAAAUCUGCCAUUGGUGAGGGUAUGACGAGAAAAGAUCAUUCAGACGUAUCGAAUCAAUUAUACGCAUGUUACGCCAUUGGAAAAGAUGUUCAAGCAAUGAAAGCCGUGGUCGGAGAAGAAGCUUUAACGCCAGACGAUUUACUUUAUUUAGAAUUUUUGAGCAAAUUCGAAAAGAAUUUCAUAACUCAAGGAAAUUAUGAAAAUCGUACGGUUUUCGAAUCCCUCGACAUUGGUUGGCAACUUCUUCGAAUAUUCCCGAAAGAAAUGUUGAAAAGAAUUCCAGCGACUACACUUGCUGAAUUUUAUCCAAGAGAUUCUCGUCAUUGUCAAGUCAAAUAA